UCAUGGACAUUUGAAGAGGCGGCCACAGUGCCGUGCAUUUACAGCACGAAUUAUUAUGCCUUAUAUCAUUUUGGAAAAAUGAAGAAAGGUGAUAAAGUACUUAUCCACUCUGGCACUGGUGGCAUUGGACAAUCAGCUAUUCAUCUCGCUUUUCAGGAAGGAUGUCAAGUGUUUACUACCGUGGGCACUGCAGAAAAACAGGCGCUAAGAAUGUCGUACUAACUUCGAGAACUGGAAUAAAGAAUGGCUAUCAGCAAAUGAGAAUUGAGUUAUGGAAAUCGUACGGUGUAAACGUGCAGAUAGUUAAAGAUGCAAAUCUUGCUAAUCCCGAAGAAUGUGAACAAUUCUUACAAAUGGCGGAGAAACAAGCACCAGUAGAUGCGAUAUUUAAUCUUGCUGUGGUGUUGAAAGAUUGUCUACUUAAGAACCAAACCAUAGAAACCAUAGAAACUUUCACGGAAUCUUUCAUGUCGAAGGCUUGGACGACACAGACAUUAGAUAAAGCAUCUAGAAAGAUCUGUUUAAAACUUCGACAUUUUGUAGUGUUUUCUUCCGUUUCUUGCGGAAGAGGGAACGCUGGGCAAACUAAUUAUGGAAUGGCCAAUUCCAUCAUGGAAAGAGUGUGCGAAAAAAGAGCGAAGGAAGGUCUACCCGGAUUGGCAAUUCAAUGGGGAGUUGUAGGUGACGUAGGUCUCGUCGCUGACAUGCAAGAAGACAAUAAAGAAUUAGUUAUCGGCGGUACUCUGCAGCAAAAAAUAUCUUCCUGCCUUGUAGAAUUCGAGAAAUUUUUGAUCCAGAACCGACCGAUUGUAAGCAGCAUGAUUGUAAGUGAAAAGAAAACGCGGUUAUCCGGAUCGGAGGACAUAGUGGAAAUCGUUGCUAAUAUAAUGAAUAUAAGAAAUAUGAAAGUAAUAAGUCGAAAUACACUUUUGGCUGAACUUGGAAUGGAUUCCAUGAUGGCUGUGGAAAUCAGACAAACAUUAGAACGAGAAUUUGAUAUCUUGCUCACUCCACAAGAACUACGAAGCCUCACAUUUGCAAAACUGGGUCAAAUGUCUAAUGCAAACGUUAAAAGCAACGAGACACAAAUUGAAGCGGCAACUGAAGCGGCAAUUGAUAUAAAUAAACCAGAUCUUACGACAGAACAGAAAUUGUUAUUUGGUGUUUUGAGAAAUCAAAAUUUUGUUUCAGAAAUUUGUUUAGAUUUUUCGACCAACACAGUAGAUAACUCGACUCAUGUAUUUCUUCUACCAGGACUUGAUGGCUGCGGAACAAUAUUUAAUCAUUUAGCACAAAAAAUUAAAUUUUUGGCAACAUCCUUGCAAUAUGGCAAUAUCGGUGAUGUAAACACUGUAUCGGAGAUGGCUGAUUAUCUUUUAAUGAGACAAAAAGGAAGUCGUAGUUACAGGAUAUUCUUUUGGUUCUAUACUUACAAUUGAACUAAUAAGAAGAUUGGAGACUAUGGGUACUAAAAGUCGAUUAGUUCUCAUCGAUGGAGCUCCGGAAUAUAUAAUGAGAAGUGAACU